AUGAUGCAGGGAGCAAGCAUUGUACGAACUCCUCUCUCCCUCCCCCUCCUCCUCCUCCUCUCGCUUCUCCUCCUAGCGGGACCCGUUGCAGCUGACGAUCACACGUACAAGCAGUGCAACGUUCAGGCUGAUUGUGAUGACAAGGACUACCCAAUCUGCAUGCCGCUCUGGAACGACGAAGGCAUGGCGACAUUGGACACGAAGGUGGUGGAUAACAUCUACAUCGGCGUGUGCGUGCAGUGCCGAACCGACUGUGACUGCGAUACGGAUGAAUACUGUGCCAACGACUUCACUCUCAAUAAGUUCUCGUCCGCCCUGAACGCGCUGGACAGAUACACUGAGCAGCAGAGAGCUCUUGUAGGCGCCCACUACAGUCAAUAUCAAUCGCUCAAGAUACGCAGCGUCUGUAAGAAAAGAGAUCUGCCAGACGAGUACGACUUCUGCAACACCAGGCAGGACAUCGUGUCGGAUACUGUUUCCAAGAGCUACGACUCCGGGCAUUUGUAUUCCACUGGCUACAUUCACGUGAAGAACAAGAAUCGGUUCUGCGGCCGCAUUGAGGAGAACGCUUUCCUGGUUACAGAUGAGAUUCAAUGUGUGGGAACGGGGUGCGGGGGAAACCUUUUGGUUGGCAAGCUCAUCAACACCCCAGCUAUCUGUAUUCCCACGGUAUACGUCUCAGGGACCAAAGUCAUCAAUGGCACUUGUCAAGCGGAGCAAAUGUCCAUCACAGGCGGGGGGUUCAACUUCAAGACGAGUGUGGUCGACUGGGAGGGAUACUGCAAAGACAACAGCUGUAAAGAUUGUCGACACGGAGAUACUAUGUGCACUGAAGUGUAUCAACAAGCACGUGUUUGCAUCAACGGAAAAUGGAAACUCCGAUACUCUGCCACCAUGAUCGGGUAUGAAAGGAGCUAUGACAUGGUCAGCGAGAACAUCCAGCUGCAAACUCAGAUCACCAUUGCUUUGUUCACGUCUCUCUGCUUCGUUGUGGCGGUGGUCUGUGCAGUCCUCUUGACCGUCAGAAGACCUGCCGCCAGCUCCAUCUCUCUCAACGUGCCCAGGCCAGAGGACGAGGGCUACUUUCACAACACAGUUAGGGCUGUAGAACUUGGAGCGGAAGGAGUAGGAGGGGCUGGUCAGGCGUAG